AUGCUUUAUGAUAAGACGAAAUCAGAAGACAAUGCUUCCUCUGUGAUGCAAUUUGUACUCAUGGGAUUUUCUGACCUUCCAAACCUCCAAGAGUUACUAUUUGGGGUGUUCACCAUCAUUUAUAUUAUUAUCUUAGUUGGAAAUAGCCUCAUCAUCAUAGUAACCAGGAUUGACCAUGCGCUGCAGAAACCCAUGUAUUUUUUCCUGGCUAACUUUUCCUCAUUGGAAAUCUGUUAUGUGUCAGUGACCCUCCCUAGGAUUCUGAAGAACCUGUGGACUCAGGAAAGAAGUAUUUCUAGGCUGGAGUGCGCCACUCAAAUGUAUUUUUUUCUUACACUGGGGACUACUGAGUGUUUCCUGCUGGCCGUGAUGUCCUAUGACCGCUACGUGGCCAUCUGCAACCCCCUGCACUACCCUCUGGUCAUGAACCACAAGUUCUGUGUCCAGUUGGCUGUGGGUGCCUGGGUCACGGGAAUCCCAAUCCAGAUUGGACAAACAAGCCUCAUCUUCUCUCUGCAUUUCUGUAAUUCCAACCAAGUCAACCACUUCUUCUGUGACAUCCCCCCCAUCCUCAAGCUGGCCUGCGGGGACACCUUUGUAAAUGAGAUAGCCAUCUAUGUAGCCACUAUGGUGAUUAUUGCAGCUCCAUUCAUGUUGAUACUUGCUUCUUACAGCAAAAUCAUUUUCACGAUUCUGAAACUGCCAACAGCCAGCGGACGGGCGAAAGCCUUCUCCACCUGCUCUUCCCAUCUCAUAGUUGUGGUUUUGUUCUUUGGGUCAGCUACUAUAACUUACUUAAGGCCAAAGUCCAAUCACUCUGCAGGAACUGACAAACUGUUGUCACUUUUCUACACCAUAGUGACUCCCAUGUUUAACCCCUUGAUAUACAGCCUUCGGAACAAGGAUGUCAUCGCAGCACUGAGGAAAUUAUUCCUUAAAAAAUAG